AUGAUGAAGAAGACUCUGAUCCGGAUCACUAAAACUGGUGGAGUGACACUCGCCUGGGUGAAUUCCUGUGAAAGCAGGAGCCAUGUGGCAGAUCCAUUGCCUCAAGUGAAACGUUCUCCAAGUGUCAAAGAAGAUUUUGUUCUGAACAGCCCGGCUGUGGACGUACAGCCAGCAGAGAGCUUUGUCCACCGAGCCCUGGAGCUGAUUAUGGAUGACGCAGUGAAAAAGGCCUCUGAUGUCAGAGAAAAGGUCUGUGAGUGGCGUUCCCCCGGGCAGCUGAAGGAACUGUUGGACCUGGAGCUGAGAGACAGUGGAGAGUCUGAGUCCAAGAUCCUGCAGCGCUGCAGAGACGCCAUCAGAUACAGCGUCAAGACGGUUCAUCCUCGUUUCUACAACCAGCUGUAUGCUGGGCUGGAGCCCUGCUCCAUGGUGGCGAGCUUCAUCACUUACAACCUGGGGCUGCAUGUGGACGCCUGUUGGGGAGGAGCAGCUGUGAUGUCUGACAAACAUAAACACCUGUUAAAAGGCCUCCACAGAGCUGACUCUGUGGCCUGGAACCCUCACAAGAUGUUGAUGGCGUGUCUGCAGUGCUCUGCUUUUCUGGUCAGAGACAAAACGAGUCUCCUCCAGCGCUGCCAUUCUGCUCGGGCCUCCUACCUCUUCCAGUUCUAUGAUGUCAGCUACGACACGGGAGACAAGUCUGUCCAGUGCAGCAGGAAGCCCGACGCCUUCAAGUUCUGGCUCAUGUGGAAGGCUCUGGGAACCAGAGAGCUGGAACAGAGGGUGGACUGAGCCCUCGCCAUGGCCAGGUUUCUGGCACAAGAGAUCAAGAAAAGAGACGGUUUCCAGCUCUUGAUGGAACCUGAAUAUACAAAUGUUUGCUUCUGGUAUAUUCCACCAAGUCUGAGGAAGCUCCCAGUCAGCCCUGAGCUCUGGAGGAAACUCCACAAUGUGGCCCCAGUGGUGAAAGAGCGCGUGAUGAAGAAGUGCAGCAUGAUGAUCAGUCACCAGACCCACUGUGACAAGGCCAACUUUUUCAGGAUGGUGGUCAUCAGUCCCCAGGUCAGCAGGGAGGACAUGGACUUUGUCCUGGAUGAGAUACACAGUCUGGGAAAGGACUUGUGA